AUGACCAUCACAAAGGAGAGGUUGGAUCUUGCCUGCAGGCGUUUGCUGGCCCUUGGAGUGCCUACAGAUUUCAUCUACCUCGUGCUCAUCGCGUGGUGGCUGAUGUCAUCCGAGCUGUUUUCUUGGAAAGAUAUCCAAGACUGUGGCGGUCUUGACUUGGUGGAAUUUUUUUCAGGAGUUGGACGGAUUGCUACAUAUGCUCAUAGCUGCGGCUUUGUCAGUCGUGCAUACGACAUCAACCACGACCCAGCUCCAGAAGGAUACUCCACGCACUCAGAGUUGCCUAAAAGAUCUUCGUUUGACAUGAACGGGGAAGCUGGUAUGUUGCUUUGCAUCAUCAUGAUCUUACAUGGCAAGUGGCCUGGCCUCAUUACCACAUGGGCAGUGGUAUGCAGCAGUUGGUCGCCAGUGAACUUAGCAACAAGCAAACGUACAGAGCUGAACCCCUACGGGGAUUGCAACAACACCAAAGUCAUUCGCGGUAAUCGGAUGGUUGCAAGGACAUCACUGCUCAUACUCUUGACUUUUGUUCUGGAGGGCUAUUUCUUUCUUGAAAACCCGGGCGGAUCAGUGAUCUGUUUGCACCCGCGCCUUCGAUGGUGCUUUGCGGCAAUCCGCCGGGCUGGCGCCAAAGUCUACAAAGCUGGCUUCCACAUGAAAGCCUUUGGAAGCGCCACCGAGAAGAAGACCAUGUUGUUGACAAGUUCUCGGUGCUUCCGGCAGUUUCAUGGGAAGAAGGCCAAACGUUCUGGCACCAAAAAAGGCCUAUGUCGUAAGUACAUUGACUCCAAAGGCCGUACAGCCUAUGCAGGAACAAAGGCACUCAAGCUGUCACAGGUCUAUCCGGUGAUGUUUGCCAAGUCCAUUGUGAAGUUGAUUCCCCAGAUGCGUUCAGAAGGGUCUUUUACCUUCAACCUCCCUGUAGAGACUGGACCGUCUCUACAGGAGGCCUUGCUCGGAGCGGGGUGGACAUCUUGGGAUGAGUCAUGUCUUGGCCCAUGCUUCCUUUAUGUAUGGGGUUCCAAAUUUAGCGAUGUCAUUCCUCCAGAUUGGAAAGACUUUGAUGCAGCUGCCAAAGCUAAUUUUCCUUUGGGUAGAUUCAGAGGGUUUACCUAUCUCUGA